AAUGACGAGCUCGUAGAUCUCGCAGCGGCCUACAGGGCAAAUACAUCCUACCCAUUGCAUGCAUAGGGUACACCAAGCAAGAUGCUGCCCUUAGCCAUGGCACUAUCAACGCCAGUCGCGCACCGAUACGCCCCGCUCACGCCGUCGCCUCUAAACCCCAACACUUACAACAGCAGCAGCAGCAGCGACUCGAAAACCCAGCAGGACAAGCCCGCCUCGACCUCCCCGAGACCAAACCCCAGACCCAAACCCACGACCCUACACCUCCCUCCGGGAUACGCGGCCCCGGCCUUCUCCAGCCCAACACAGCGGCUCCUGCGGUACAAGGCCGCGCAGGCCUGGCGCUCCGAGACGCUCCAACGCCGCGAGGCCGUCCAGCCCGCGAGCCACGCCCACGCCCAGUAUGCGUCCCAUGCCCGGAGAAAAUACCAACCCCACCACCACCACUACCAUCACCACCCCGGCGACGGCGACGACGACGAGAGGUGUAGCCAACGCCGGCAUGAAAAGCAUCAACGCCCCCAGGACCCGGCGGCAGCAGUGGUGGCAGCGGCCGUAGCAGGCCACCACAGCCACGACCAGACGCACACAGUUCCCUUCAAGAUCCCCUUUACCAUCCCCGACCCGAGCUCAGUCCCAAACAGAGACACGGACCCGCACCCGUACUCGUACCCGUACCCGGCUGCAUACGGGCACAGCAACGGCAACGGCAACGGCAACGGCAAUGACAACGGCGGCCGGGCCCCCCGCGAAAGUGAUAUCAGCGGCCUCGUCGAACUGGAAGCAGCAGCAGCAGCAGCAGCAGGAGUAUCAUCCCUGCCGCGGGCCGAUGACAGGCUUCCCGGAGCCGGAGCCGGAGCCGGCGGCUGCGACGGCGCAGGCGGAGGCGGAGCAGGAGAAGAAGCAGCUGUAAACGGAGCCGCACACCUAGUCGGCGAGGGCCAGGAAUGGGGAGCAUGGGAAUGCGGCGGGCAAGGGCCGCCCGCUGGCUGGCGCGCGGGGCCCGGGCAUGACGGGCGUUGUCUGGGCAUGGAGAUGGUUGAGCUGGGGAUGGUGUCUGGGCGCCGCGGGCUGGUCCGCGGGAGGCGGGGGAAGAUUCGGCCUGGGGGCGGUGCUGCUGGGGAUGGUGUUGGUGUUGGUGUUGUUGGGCUUGGUGGCGGUGGGUUGCGCGGUGCGGUGACGGCGCGGCGUGUUCUUGUCGCGGUGGCGUUGCUGAUCGCGUUGGCGCUCGUCCACGGGCUCGUGAGCGCGUUUGGGGGUGUCGGUGGCCGAGCCACCGGUGGGUGGGGUGGUAGGGAGGGGUGGUGAGGCGUCGUUGGGGUACUCGACGGAAUAGCUUGCUCGUUCUCCCCUGCGUGAUGGGAAAACGCGGAAGAGCAGACAGUUUGAGCUCACAGAGGAGGACCAAGAUGAGGUGGAGACCGGGUCUUGCGUUGUGAGUCGAGUUGAGA